AUGGAUAAAAGUGAGAAAAAUAUAGAAGAUGAAUAUUGGCAUAUAUUACAUGAAGAGAUUUCAAAUGUUGAAGCUCAGAAAGGAGCAUAUUUUCACAAGGAUGAGUUUUGCGUUCCUUUGAUUGAUCUACACGCGAAAGGGCUAUGGUCAGAUGAUGAAGAUAUGAAUGAUAAUGAAAAUGCAAGACGUAUAGGUUUUGAGGGUGAUACAGAUGAUGUAAUUGGGAUGGUGAGAUGUUCUGAACAAAGUAUGGCGUCUGAAGUUUCUCAAUUCCAGAAAGAUCUUAAGAUAGCAUCUGGAUUUCGAAGAAAUAAAGGAAGAUCAAAGGGACGUAGAUGUGUAGCGGAUAUGGAGCCUUCAGAAGAAGUUAAAUGCUUGCUUGGAUAUGCGAAUCAGGCGUUUGCUUCUGGUGAUUUUUCAGAAGCUUUAAAAACUCUUCAAGAAAUUAUUCGUAUUGAUUCUAAUGUUUUUGCUGCGUGGCAGACUCUUGGAGAGGUUCAUCGUGAAAGAGGUAAUAUAGAUAAAUGCCUUGGUUCGUGGAUUAGUGCUGCUCAUCUUAAACCUAAGGAUGCUGAUCUUUGGUUAACUUGUGCAAAAUUAAGUCAAGAUUCCAAACUUUGGGAUCAGGCUGAUUAUUGCUAUAAUAGAGCUAUCCAUGCUCGUCCGUUUGAUGUUGAUGCUAUAUGGGAUCGGGCUAUUUUGGCUCGUGAUAGAGGAAGAAUGAAAAAGGCAAUCGAUUGUUUUAAAAGUCUGCUUAAUAUUGUGCCAAAUGAUAUGACAGUAGUUCGUCAAUUAGCUAGGUUAUAUCUUCAGACUUCUCAGGUUUCUGAAGGAAUAGCACUUUAUGAAAAAGUUGUAGAAUAUUAUUUAUGUUUUCAGAAGCCCCCAGAAGGUCAUUGUGGUCUCAAUUGGAGUGAAUUGCAUAUUAUGUCUGAACUUUAUAUUGCCGAUAAACGAUGGAAACAAUGUAUAUAUAAUAUAAAAUAUAUAGGGCGAUGGUUAUGUGGUAGGAAAUCUGAAGAAUUUUGGGAUGAUUGUCCUGAUGAUAGGGAAUGGGAUAGUGAUAAUGAAAGACGAAAUUUAGUUUUGCAUUUUUUAGACGGAGAUAAAACACGUUAUGAAAUGCCUUUAGAAUUAAGGGUUAAAUUAGGGAUAUGUAGAUUACAUAUUGGUGAUACGGAUGAAGCGUUGAGACAUUUUGAAGUAUUAGAUGAAAAUCCAAAUGUUGAAAAAAAUAUUGAUUUGAUUUUUGAUGCUGCUAAUGCAUUGAGUGAGAAAAAAAUUUAUGAUGAAGCUCUUCGACUUUAUUCUCGUUUAACUGAAUGUGAUUCUGCAAAUGGGCCUGAUUUAUGGUUUUCUAUGGGGAAGUGUUACAAAGCUGUGGAUGAUUUAGAAGCUGCGGAAGAGUGUUUUAAAGGAAUUGUGGCUAAUAAUGAAAAACAUAUUGAAUCUCUUAUUCAGUUAGCAGACAUAUAUCAAAUUACCGGUCGUAGAGAAGAAGCUCUUGAUGUAGUUAACAAAGUUAUUUAUUAUCAACAGAAUGAUAAUCAUGUUGUUGCAGAAGUGCAAAAUGAGUCCCAAAACAAUUCUUCUAAGCUUACUUUUAUUGUGGAUACUAAAAUUUCACGAGAUAGAUUGUCUAAAAAAGUGUCUUUAAAGUCGUGUUUAAAUGAAAGGAUUGCUAUUGAAAUGAGAAGGACUGAGCAUACGUUGUUUAAAUGGCAAAAGUUAAGUAUAGUGCGUGAUAGAAUGUUGCAGGGCGAUCGUCAAGCUGUAAAUGAAUGGUUAGAUACUGCAGGUGAUAUGGUUGAUGAUUUUCGUAAUGUACGUGCAUUUUAUCCAUCUGAAAAAUCAACAAAAUUUAAGGGUAUUAUUUCUGUUGCAAAACGACGUAUGCAAAAGAUGGAAAUAAAUCAUAAAUUAAAAGUUAUGGCUAAUAGACUUCAAGAAUCAUUGGAUUUUUGUGAUGAUGAAUCCUAUUGUGAGAAUACUAUAAAUAAUGAUGUAAAUGAAUUUCGAGGUUUAAGCUUUGAUAUUUGGUUUUAUAUUUUUAUGCAGUAUGCAAUUUGUUUGACAAAAUAUGAUGAUUUUCUUGAUGCUUUAGAUGUAAUUAAAGCCGCUAUGGGUGCUAAUGUUUUUUAUCAAAGUCAUGAACGUUUAAAUAAAAUGCAUGUUACUCGGCUUGCAUGUUCUUUAUGGUCUAAACAAUAUUCUGUUGUUGCUGAGGAAUGUAGAUAUUUUUCUAAUUUAUACAAAUUUAAGUCAGAUGGGUAUCGUUUACAUUUUGUAGCUAUGCCAACUGGUGAAGCAAUGUUGCAUUAUUCAGCUAAUUCUGCUUUACAAAAGUAUCUUUUACGUCAGAUAAAAAGUAUUGAUUCUAUGAUAUCUGGAAAGAAAAGUAAAGAGUCAUUGGUAGCGAUUAAGAAUGAAAAUGAUAGUUGUAUUCCGACCCAAUAUAAUGUUGUGCUUCUUGUUUCCUAUGGUCAUGUAAUGAUUGGUUCUAGAAGUUAUGUUCAAGCGUUGCACUAUUAUGGACGCGCUUAUGCUUUAGCUCCGUCUGAUCCAUUAAUUUCUUUGUCAAUUGGAAUGGCGUAUUUACAUAGAGCUAUGCAGCGCCAGUCAAAUAAUCGACAAUACCAAAUACUUCAAGGAAUGACUUUUCUUUUUCAGUAUUAUGAGCUCAGGAAAUCUAUGGGUGUUUAUGAACAUCAAGAAGCUGAAUUUAAUAUUGCGCGUGCAUUUCAUCAGUUAGGUCUUGCGCAUUUUGCUGUGCCUUAUUAUGAACGUGUUCUCUCUUUGGUUACUUCGGAUUUUAAUGAAUAUGUUUAUUUUGAUUUGCGUCGACAUGCUGCUUAUAAUCUUUCUUUAAUUUAUGUUGCUAGUGGGAAUGCUACAUAUGCACGUAGUCUUGUAGAUACUUAUCUUUCUAUUUAA